AUCAUGGCGGAUCAAAUCAUUCCAUCCAUUUUUCCGUCUAGAUAUUCAUUCUUGUUACUUUUUCUCCUAGUUCCCAAAACCCCAGAGGCACUGAGAGGACCGAAGGUGGAACCGCAAUGUGUGGAGAUGCGACAAAAUGGGACGAAAACGCAUACAGAGAAAGCGUACUUAAAGAGAGAGAGAUCCAGACCCGAACCGUAUUCAGGACCGUGUGGAGCCCCUUUAACCCUAGCCCUGAGACCAUCGUUGUCGCCUCCAGCGAUGGUUCAAUUGCCUCUUACUCUAUCUCCUCCAUCAUUUCAGAACUCCCAUUCGGUUUAAGUAAUAGCAAGACUCAACAUUUAUUAGGAGCUGGACCUAGCGGAUAUCUUCAGGGGCAUGAUGGACCUGCCUAUGAUGUUAAAUUUUAUGGUGAUGAUGAAGAUGCAUUGUUGUUGAGUUGUGGUGAUGAUGGUAGAAUUUUUGGAUGGAAGUGGGAGGAAAUUACAAAAUCAGAAGUGCCUAUUCAUUUACAAGGAAAUCAUGUGAAGCCAGUUUUGGACUUGGUGAAUCCUCAACAUAAAGGCCCUUGGGGUGCACUUUCUCCCAUUCCAGAAAAUAAUGCCAUUGCUGUUGAUACUGAGGGGGGAUCCAUUUUUUCAGCAGCUGGCGAUUCUUGUGCAUAUUGCUGGGAUGUGGAGAGCAGUAAGAUCAAAAUGACUUUUAAGGGGCAUUCAGACUACUUGCAUUGUAUAGUUGCUCGCAAAUCCACCAAUCAGAUUGUAACUGGUUCAGAGGAUGGAACUGUACAAAUAUGGGAUUGCAAAAGUGGAAAGUGUGUUCAAGUAAUUGAUCCGGCAAGAGAUAAGAGGUCAAAAGGUUUCAUUUCAUGUGUUAGUUGCAUUGCCCUUGAUGCAAGUGAGAGCUGGUUGGCUUGUGGCAGUGGUAGAAGUUUAUCGGUUUGGAAUCUUCCUGCUUCUGAAUGUGUUUCAAGCAUUUCUACACAUGCAUCCAUACAGGAUGUAAUAUUUGAUGAUAAUCAAAUUUUAGCUGUUGGAGCAGAACCUCUACUUAGUCGUUUUGACAUUAACGGGAUGACACUUUCGCAAAUUCAAUGUGCUGCACACUCAGCAUUCUCUAUCUCUUUACAUCCAUCUGGUGUUACUGCUGUUGGAGGGUAUGGAGGUGUCGUGGACGUCAUCUCUUUGUUUGGAAGUCAUUUGUGCACAUUCCACUGCCAAGGCAUAUAGUUGUUAUUGAUGUUAAUGGCAUGCUCUUAAGAUACAGGUAAAUAGGUUGCACAAAGCCUUAAACAUUAAAAGCUGGGAAGGAUCCAGUUAAAUGUUGCAGUGUUGUAUUUGUUAAAGACCCCCAAUUUGGAACAACAAUUACUAAGUAUGAUAAAUCACUUCACAAGGAACAAUCUGGGUGAGGGGAGAGCUUUUUGUAGUGACUUUUCAUUUCUAAUGCCAUGCAUUUUUACCUUUUA